AUGAGCACAGAGGACAUUGGCAACGGGAUCUCUCCCACUCCACCUCUCCUUGGGCUUCUGGUUUCAACCACCAAGCCGGUCUCGCCCAGUGCCACAUCCCCUGAGAUGGCAGACCCACUGCCUAUCAUUGUCUCUCUCGUCUGCAUCUUCCUCCUCCUGGCGACCUUCCUCAUCUUUGUCACCCUCUGCAAGCCAGCGGCACUGGACCAGUCCCACCCUGGGCCCAGUGAGUGCAUGCCCCAUCACCCAGCAGAUGCCAGCGAGCCCCAGUUGAGGUUCUGGAAGCGACUGGGCUCCCUGCGCCGUUCCAUCAACACCUUCAGGAGGAGUCGGCCGGUGACCCAGAGCCAGCUCAUCUUCCCCAGAAGCUCCCCUGCCAGCCAGAACUGGCAUGUCACAGAGUGCACCAAAAUGUAA